AUGGAGGGCGAGCCCAAGUGCACCCCCCAGGGCGGCGCGGGGGAGGAAGCCAAACCUGGAAAGAGGCUCGUGGCUGAGAACUGCGGAAUCUACAUGAACAAAAUGAAAAACGCAGGAGUUGUGUGCAACAGAAUAACGGAACUAAAUAUAAACUCACGAAAACAAAUCUCCCUUACGAAGAGUGAUAGCUCACAAAUGAAAGACAUCCUAUCUCAUGGGAAUGACAAAACGAUGGAAAUGCACCCAGCUAAGAGACCACUCACUUCCUAUUCCACCUAUGAAAACCAGAACAAGUAUUUCGAAACAAAGCUAGUUCCAGACAUGCAAGGAAAAAUGAGCAUAUGCGUAGGGAGAAAAAGCGGAAGUGCUACUGUAAACAUCAGCAUAGAUGAAUAUGACCUCGGAAAAACUUACAACACAUGGAAAAAAAUUUUCGAUAAAACUGCUCUCCAAAAUAAGUCUAACCUAGUGAACAACAUUUUUCUAACUGUAGAUGAAGAAGCGGAUAGGAGUGACAAACUUCCUGUCGUUAAGAACAGAAACCCUCCCUAUGCCAAUCCGGAUGGGCCAUUCGAAAAGCAACGGUUAGACUUGCCUAAGCAGGCCAGAGACAACCUAGACAGAACCCUGACUCCGCUUGAUUGUGCAGACACAAAUUCUCUUUUAAAGAAAAAAAACUUCCACACUUAUAGGGACUCCUUCCUGCUGAUGCGUCCUCACACGGAGGAUCGUCUGGACGAGGUCAAGGGCGUCAGGAGGACUCGUUUCCCCUGGGCACACUCCAACCGUCUUAAGCAGAUCCUCAGCUACAGCUACGCAGGCGGCGCCGACGUCAGCCUGAUGAAUGGUGAUGCGAACUGCGAUGAUCUGAUCAGUGGUGACCUGAUCAAUGGUGGUGCUUCAAACGAUGCACCUCCCCACUUCGGGUCUCACCACGUGAACUAUGACAGGGAAUACGCAGCAGAGGGGGGAUGCUCCUCCCAGUGCCACACCCCAAAUGAUGCAUCCACGAACGCGUUCCACGAGGAAGGUACCUGCUACAGAGCCCCCUCGCUCACCGAAAUUGAGUGA